AUGAGAAUACGACUCCCAGUUGCAGGCGCCUUCCUGGUCUUGCUGCUCAUCGCUGCCUAUGUCGGCCUAACUUCGAUACAGCUUGGCCAAUAUGUCAAUGACAAAGUGCUUCACUUCAUCACCUUUUUCAUACUCAGCGUUGUGUUCUACUGGAUUGUAGACACCAAUAGACGGCGAGUCAUGAAUAUGACCCUGGUAGUCUGCACAAUCAUCCUUGGCGUUGGUUCUGAAUUCGUUCAGAGCUUUCUUGACAAUGGCCGGGAAUUCGAUUUGCACGACAUCGUUGCGAAUCUGAUAGGAAGCUUGCUCGGUGUCGGUCUAUGCUCGUGGUAUCACAAGCGUAUGCUUGAGCGCAGGCGACGCAGGCGGUACAGUGCUGUUCCUGGCGAGGAUCAAGGCGACGUCGAGCUUGGUGAAGGCCACGAAUCUGGUGUGGUGGAAGGAGCGAGUCGGUCUCUCACUCUGGAAGAAGAGGUUGAUAAUUGGGACGAGAAUCAGAUCGACGAUGAUUGGGACGAGGAAGAAACCCACGAUGUUCCAGCCAACACCCACGCUUUGGAUGAUAGUGCCGACAUCGGGGAUUUGGCAGAAACUAAGAAACGAAUGGAUUAA